GAGGGUUCCCGGGGCUGCGGAGCUGCGUGUGUCCUUGCAGAGACCUGACCCACGCUCUCCCGUGGAACCCGGCUGCUCGCCCGUGCCAGUCCCUACCCCGCGGGGGCGCAGGGCAGAGGCACCCUGCUUUUCCGGGACGUGUCUGAGCUGUGAGGGGGCGGCGGGAUGGACAAGUUCCUGGUGAGGCCAGACCUCGGCGACCUCCGAGGGGGAGGGGAGGAGCCCGCCCCGACGGGAGGAGCCUCGGGCGACCUGCGGAGCCCCGGCUGGCGACACCUCCGCGCGGAAGGUCUGAGCUGCGAUUACACCGUCUUGUUCGGCAAAGCCGAGGCAGACAAGAUUUUCCGAGAGUUGGAGCAAGAAGUGGAGUAUUUUACGGGUGCACUCGCCAAGGUCCAGGUGUUCGGAAAGUGGCACAGUGUUCCCAGGAAGCAGGCGACCUAUGGAGACGCUGGCCUCACGUACACAUUUUCUGGUCUCACCCUGACACCCAAGCCCUGGAUUCCAGUUCUAGCGCGUGUUCGAGAUCGAGUCUGCGAGGUGACGGGACAGACCUUCAACUUUGUACUCGUGAACAGGUACAAAGAUGGCUGCGACCACAUCGGGGAACACAGAGAUGAUGAGAGAGAGCUGGCCCCGGGGAGCCCCAUCGCAUCUGUCUCCUUUGGCGCUUGCAGAGACUUUCUCUUCCGGCACAGAGACUCUCGAGGGAAGAGGCCCCGGAGGACAGUGGAGACGGUCAGGCUGCAGCUGGCACAUGGAAGCCUGCUGAUGAUGAACCCCCCCACCAACACCCACUGGUACCACAGUCUCCCCAUCCGCAAGAGGGUCCUGGCUCCGCGGGUCAACUUGACCUUUCGGAAAAUUUUACCUACUAAGAAAUAAAAUAUGUCUUUAUUUAUUAAUGUA